UCAUUCACGUGGCUCUCCACUGCUCCAGAUUACACUUCAUAAUCCCAAACACUCUCCAAAACGCAUGCUCUUACACAGACUCGUCCAUUCAAGCAACAAGAUGCAAUGAGAACAUGUAGAUCAACAAAAAGGGUUAAAUUUAAUCGCAAAUGUUAGAUUUCUGAGGCUUUCUAGGUUCAAAGGAUAAUGUUGAAUUGUUUCUGAGAAGACUGGAGAAAUAAGAAUCUUGGAACUACAGCAUGAACAAAACUUGGGAUAUCUGCAUCGGCUGAACCUAAACCAGCUCUUGGACACUUAGACAUUUGAACUUUUUGGGACCUUUUUUGGACAUUUGAACUUUUUUUUGGGAGAAAACACAACCAAUACGAUAGAGCAUCAAAUAACAGAUCUACUCACUUCUGCUGAUCUCUUGGUUUGGAUGAAUCAGUCUUCAGAUUAUCAGUUGUUUUGGGAGAACAGCAAAAAGAUGUCUGACACAUUUGAUGUCCCACGUGUGCGCUCUGAUAGUACGUCCACAACGGCGACUCAGUCUACUUCAUCACGGAUGAUUCUUCACGAGCGGCUUGCUCAGUUGCUCGUCUGCUUAGAAGAUCUCAGCUCAGAUGAUGAGGCAAAUGAGGAAGUGUCCCGCACGCUAGACGAAGCCUUUUACCUCUGUGGAAAAUACACCAACAGAGAGUCCUUCAGGCUGCACAUGGUCACAUGGAAUGUUGGCACAGCGGAGCCCCCAGCUGAUGUGAGGUCAUUACUGCAGCUUGACUCACAGCCAGCCACUGACCUCUAUGUGAUUGGUCUACAGGAAGUGAAUGCCAAUCCAGUGCGGUAUAUCUCUGAUCUCAUUUCUGAGGACUCAUGGAGUCACCUUCUCAUGGAUACCCUUGCGCCAAUGGGAUAUAUAAAGGUGACUUCAGUGAGGAUGCAGGGUUUGCUGCUGAUACUGUUUGCAAAGCAGGUCCACCUGCCUUUCAUCAGAGACAUCCAAAGUACAUACACCCGCACAGGCCUAUUCGGAUACUGGGGAAAUAAAGGCGGUGUGUCUGUGCGUUUUUCAUUCUACGGUCACAUGCUGUGUUUUUUGAACUGUCAUCUGGCGGCUCAUAUGAACUAUGCCCUGCAACGCAUGGAUGAGUUUGAAUAUAUACUGGACAUGCAAGACUUUGAUAUGUACAACACUCCACAAGUGCUUGACCACAAGGUAGUCUUCUGGUUUGGUGAUCUGAACUUUCGUAUCGCUGACCAUGGGAUGCACUUUCUCCGCUCCUCGAUCAAUAAUGGCCGCUUUAAUCUGCUGUGGAACAGAGAUCAGCUGACCAUGAUGAAGAAGAAAGAAGCUAUUCUUCAGGAAUUUGAAGAGGGACUGCUGUGCUUUAAACCCACUUAUAAGUUCGACCGUUUCUCUGAGACUUACGAUACAAGAGCGCCAAAGACAUGGUUUGGCUUUAUUGGUAAAAAGCGGAAACCUGCCUGGACGGAUCGUAUUUUGUGGAGGAUAAAGCCCAAAGCUAUAGACACUGAGGAUGAGAAUAGUUCGACAACAUCGUCAGCUGAUGAUGAUGAGUAUCCUUUUAAGGUGACACAGAACAUGUACACCUGUGAUGUCUCAUAUGGGGUCAGUGACCACAAACCCGUCAUUGGGACCUUCAAUCUGGAGAUGAGAAAAAAGGUGGAAACGCCUCUAGUCACACUUACUGUGGAGGGACACUGGAGUGCUGAUGAAGGUGCCAUAUUCACCUACACCAUUCUGGAAAACUUUGAGUCCUCUACCUGGGACUGGAUCGGAUUGUACAAGAUUGGCUUUAAAAGUGCCUCUGAUUACUCCACCUUCGCUUGGGUCAAAGAUGAUGAAGUAGCUGCCAACGGCGAAGUCGUGACGGUCCAGAUGAGUAAAAGUGAGCUCCCCCUGCCGGCAGGGGAUUAUGUUCUUGGCUAUUACAGCACCAACAUGCAAACCCUCAUUGCCUUUAGUCCGACUUUCCAGAUUCUCGAGUCUCAACAUGCUGUAAUGGAGGGUCUGGUACCUGAGAACAUCAAUGGACAUGAGAAGUAACUGGAUUACUUCUAAACUCUGGAGCAUAUGUUCACAUAUGUAAAAAUGACAGCAAGAGAUCUGAUUUGAGAUCAGAUUUGCCUGUGUAAACAGACCUUUGCUUAGUUUGGUUUUAAAAGGAACAACUGAUUCUGAUAAAAUCUGGUUUAAUGAGUGUGGUUUAAAAUCUAAGGCUUUAAAAAUUCCCAAACACUCAGUCUAAUCACUGAACACACUGCAGUACUCGUUUUCAUUCUCUCUUUAUCCACAGUACUUGUUAAAUGAUAUGAGUCUGUUGUG